AUGAGGAUUUCUACAGUCCUCUUGUUGUUAAUAACGACAACAAAUGCUGUAUUGGUCCCUCCGAGUAAAAACCUGGCAUUGGGCCGACAUAUAACAGCCAGUUCAACAUGUGGAGAAGUGAAUGGAGUUCCCAUCAAGGAACUGUAUUGCACAAUUGCCGGAGCUCAGCCUUAUUCACCCCAUAAUCAGUACUCGUACAGUCUGUUCAACAACACCAGGCAUAUCCAAGAAAUGAGGGCCGAACAUUCGUUCCUCAAGGUAUGAAACCACUAGUGAUAACCAAAAUCUUACAAUUGUAGAAUGGUCAAAACUGCGACUAUUGCGAAGCCAACUCGAAUAUGGAACAUCCAGCCCAAUUUAUGGUGGACGGAAGUCACUCCUGGUGGAUGAGUCCUCCAUUGUCUCGAGGAAUGCAAUAUCAUGAAGUCAACAUUACCAUCGACCUUGGACAAGAGUUUCAUAUCGCUUAUGUGUGGGUUCAGAUGGCUAACAGUCCUCGUCCUGCUGCUUGGAUUCUAGAGAGAUCAACCGAUAACGGACAGACUUUCCAACCUUGGCAAUACUUCGCUUCGACCGCCAAAGAUUGUGCUAGGGUGGGUUGAACAAUCUUAGUUAGAUAAACAACAACGUGAAAAAAAAGGAAACACAAAAAUUGUUUUUUUAAAAGCGGUCAUGGUGAUUUUAAAAAUGCGAGAUAAGGCGCGCAUCCUAGGCGACUACAUAUGAUACCUAGGAUGGUAUCAUACGUCUUUUUCUUCGAUGCAAGUGGUCAACGACAUUUCGGGUCAACGAUACCGUUUAAUAUUUUCGCUUCGGGACUGGGAAAAAAGAAUUUUUUGGUGAAUUUGAAAAAUUUUUGAAAUGUUUUCGCUUCGGGACUUGGGAAAAAGAAUAUUUUACAAAGAGUCCAAAAUUAAAUUUUUUUGUGUAGAUUCAGAAUCUCUGAUCAGAAUUGUAACGCGUCUCGUAGUUUUCGCGUUUUUUUUUGCGCUUUUAGCGGUGCAAAGUCUCAUCGGACAAAAGUCGAGGCUUUGCAAUCCGCGAAAUUUUUGGAAUCUCAAAUUUCGGCGGUGCAAUGCAGUUCAAAAUCAGUUAGCGAUGGAAGAGGGUUAUGCUUUUAGAAAGAUUGAAGUUUUAGUUUUACUUCGUCUUAUAGCGCAAAGAUUUAUAUUAUUUUAACAGUGUACCGGUAGUUUUUGCAGAGCUCUGGCUAAAGCUGAUAAUAAUGAGUUUUGCAGUUGUUCCAUGUCCCCGCUUACCUCGUCAACAAUGCGAUCAGUGAUGAUGAAGAAGUCAUCUGCACCACCGAUUACUCCGCGAUUCAUCCCAUGGAAAAUGGCGAGAUGAUGAUCAACUUGCUCGAAGGACGUCCAGGGAAGAAUAGUUUCGGCCAUUCUCCCAGACUGCAGGAGUUUCUCACUGCCACUAACGUUAGACUCCGCUUCCUCAGAGCGAAUACAAUGUACGCCCAAUUGAUGGAUUAUAAGAGUCCGAACGAUGCAACUGUCACCAGAAGGUAUUACUAUGCAAUCAAGGAGAUUUAUAUGGGAGGAAAGUGUAUUUGCAACGGCCAUGCGUCAGCCUGCAGUGAACUUGAUCCAAGUCGUAGCCAAACGUUGAUCUGUCAAUGUGAACAUAACACUUGUGGGGACAAUUGUGAUAAAUGUUGUGAGGGAUUCCAGCAGAAGAAGUGGGAGCCAUCCGCCGAGACAGAGUUUGUUUGUGAACGUAAGUAUAUAUUUUUAUCCCGGAAACUUUUAUAGCAUGCAAUUGCCAUGGACAUUCCGACGAAUGUAUCUACGAAGCUGAACUGGAUGAGAAGAAGCUGAGUUUGGACAUUCACGGGAAAUACGAAGGUGGUGGGAGAUGUUUGAAUUGCAGAGACCGGACUACGGGCAUCAAUUGUAAUGAAUGUAUUGAUGGGUUUUAUCGGCCAGAAUCUAAAUUGUGGAAUGAGACUGAUGUGUGUCAACGUAAGUGUCUUUUUUGUAUGUCGACAGCGUCCUCCAAGUUUUUUGCAUUAGAUAAAAAAAGGUUUGUGUCCGAACACUCCCCCUCAAAACGUCGAUGAAAUAAGCAGUAAAAUUAAUUACGAGUAAUAUUAACGGUAUUCAUCAUAGUCUAAAUUUGACGUCAUUUUGAAAAAUUUUGUCAAAUUAACAACCCGAAUCUGUAGGAUUGUAGUGUUUUUCUGUGCUUACAUAAAUAAUUUUUAGCUUGUGAUUGCGACCCAGGAAAACAUACCCACCGAUGUGCCGAAAAGACCGGGAAAUGUGAAUGCCUUCCUCAAUUUACCGGAGAAAACUGUGACCAAUGUGCUCCCGGAUAUCAUCAUCCACCUGAAUGCAAUCCCUGUGCUUGUAAUGUGAAUGGAACGUCGGAUGGAGCUUGUCUUCCGGUUGAAGAAAAAUGUAAUUGCAAAGAGGGAUUUAGUGGAUCUUUUUGCGAUAAGUGUGCACUUGGAUUUACGAACCUAACGGCUGGAUGUGUGUCUUGUAAUUGUGAUGGAGAAGGUUCAAUCAGUCCUGAAUGUGAUUUGGAGACUGGGAACUGUCAGUGCAAGAGCAAUUUUAUGGGAAAGGAAUGCAACGCUUGUGCAAAGGGAUACUUUAAUUAUCCGGAGUGUAAAUGUGGGUUUAGGUUCAUUUUCCUAUUGGUGAAUAUUUAGUUUGUGACUGUGAUGCCAGCGGGACUGAUGAUGAAGUUUGCGAUAAAGAAAGUGGUCAAUGUCUGUGCAAGACAGGUUACUCUGGCAAAAGAUGUGAUAAAUGUGACAUCAACUAUUUUGGAUAUCCAAACUGCCAACCCUGUAAUUGUAGUGAACCUGGGUCAACAUCGGCCAAGUGCGAUGAAAAUACUGGUCAAUGUAGUUGCCAUGUGAACUUCACAUCUCCUAAGUGUGAUCGAUGUGCUAUUGGAUAUUACAAAUUCCCAGAAUGUUUGAGUUGUGAUUGUCAUCCAAGGACUUCAAAGAGCAAAGCGUGUGAUCAUGAUGGAAAGGUGGGUACCUUAAAUUAUAUCCAUUGUCACAAUCAAUUGUUAUUUGAUUUGGCUUUUUUUUCAGUGCUAUUGUAAAGAAAACGUGGACGGAGAGAAGUGUGAUCGAUGCAAACCGAAGCUUUACAACUUCCCCUUGUGCGAAGAAUGUAAUUGCAAUCCGAAUGGUGUUGUCGAUGGAUUCUCUGGAUGUGACACUGUAAAAGAGGGAGAGUUAUGUGCAUGCAAAGAGAACGUUGAUGGUCGGACAUGCUCCGAAUGCAAGCCUACCUUCUGGGACUUGAAUGUCAGACAUCCUCAGGGUUGUGUUGGUAAGUGAACAUGAUAUUUGGCAUGCUCAAUUGUAGAUUGUAAUUGUAAUAUGACGGGUGUGGUAUCCUUCCUGAACACUUGUGAUCUGAAGAAUGGCCAAUGCUUCUGCAAGCCCUUUGUGGCCGGUCAGAAAUGCGAUGGUUGUGCUGAUGGUUAUCAUAGCAUCGACGGAUCUCUCCAAAAUGGCUGUGAACCUUGCGAUUGUGAUGCUGGAGGAGCUGUCGAUGACACCUGUAACCCUCACAGUGGACAAUGUAGAUGUCGUCCAAGAGUUGAGGGAAUUCGCUGUGAUAAACCCAUAAAAGACCAUUACUUCCCCACUUUGUGGCAACUCAAAUACGAAGCUGAGAGUGGGAAACAAGUUGAUGGAAAGAAUGUUCGAUAUGCGAUCGACAAAGAAGAGUUCCCGGACUAUUCUUAUCGUGGCUAUGCUGUGUUCAGUCCAAUUCAAGACGAAAUUAUUUUGGAUGUGGACGUGAAGAAGGCCUCGCUUUAUCGCUUACUGGUCCAUUACCGUAACCCGAUCGAUAUGUUUAUCCCGUUAACAGCUCGGAUCUCUCCAGUCAACACUCAGACCCAUGACACCAACUUCUCGGCAUCCGUCAAUCUUCCUUUCCACAAGGAACCCACUUCUAUCUUCAUGAAUAACGAUGAGAAUGCCUUUGUUCUGAAUCCUGGGAAAUGGCGUCUGUCCUUGUCGACGUCCAAGAGACUUCUGGUUGAUUACGUGGUAUUCCUUCCAGCCGAAUAUUACACUGCUACGGCCUUACAAAGCCCGGUGAAUCAGCCCUGUCCAGCUAUUGAAGAUCCGAACACUCCUUGUAUGGACUAUCUCUACCCUCCUAUCAAAUAUUCAUCGAGAGUGGAAGGAACGGACAAAGACAGUAUUAGAACAUUCGAUCAAGACGGAGCGAUCCGGCUGUUGAAGAAGGUCGGUCCUGAUGUUCUGCCCGCAAUCGUUGGUCAGGCAGGUCAUGUGGAAGAUAAGGAUUACACCAGAAGCCUUGAAGUUGAUCUGGAAGUCCCGUCUGAUGGCAAUUACUACAUGGUAGUGGAAUACAUCAACCCCAGCAAUGUUUCUGGUCCUCUUCGACUUCGAGUAGAGCAAGACACCGGGUCUCCUUUCAAUGAAGGAACGAUUUACAUUGGGCACAGUCCAUACAAUGUGUUCAGAAGAGAGAUUGUUACGAAGAAUGGAGAACAUGGCCUAAUUCCUCUCAAAAAGAGCCCGCCAAAGGCUCUGGCCGUCUUCAGUGUCCCACCUGGCUUGGACUUUGGGGUUUCUUCAGUCAAUUUGAUUGCCGCUGACGACUGGGAUGAUGACUUCCUAAAACAAGUCCCAGUUUGCAUCAGAAAAGACGGAGAAUGCAUUGGCCUUCAAUAUCCCGUCCCUGCCAAUUCCAUCACAACUUCUGCUGCUGGAAGCAAUCCAAAUGAAGUUGUGACUGGGGAGAAACUGCCGUUCAAAGUUUACAAUGCUAAAGAUGUUAAGGUCAUCCCUCUCGACCCCAACGCUGCUGGAACCGUUGAUAUCAAUGGAGUGGUUGAUCGUCCUGGACAUUACGUCUUUGUCGUCCACUACUACAAUAAUGACAAUGGGCCCUUGUCGAUUGAAGGAAUGUUUCAGAAUGAGGUCUUUGGGAAGGCGGACUUCAAGUAUUGUCCAUCCACUUCGGGUUGUCGAACUGAAGUCGUGAAUAUGAGGAAGGUCCCAAUUGAGAACUUCUUCCCUGUUAAUGACAAUUACAAAUGGAGUUUCUAUGCGAAUCCGAAGCAGAAAGGCCCCCUCUACAUUGAAUCCAUUACUGCAAUUCCAGUCCAGACAUACAAUGCGGAACUUUUGAGACACAAACCUUUGGAUAGAACUUCCGACUUCUUCAAGUAUUGUGCCCAGCAGCAUUUUAAGAAUCAUCCCUCGAACGUCUCGGAUUAUUGUAGACAACAAGUCUUCUCUUUGACUUCUGAAUUCAACAACGGUGCCCUUCCGUGUAACUGUAAUCCUAAAGGAUCAGUCGACUUUUGUUGUGAGGAGUAUGGUGGAGAAUGUAAAUGUAAGCCCAACAUCAUCGGAAGAACAUGUGAUCGCUGCGCCCCGGGCUUCCACAGUUAUCCCGAAUGCCGUCCCUGUACGUGUGGAGAAAGAGAACUCUGCGACGAAAGCAAUGGCCAAUGUUUCUGCCCCAAUCAUGUUGAAGGCUCUGGGUGUGAUCGAUGUGUCAAAUACGCAUAUGGAUUUGAUCCACUGAUUGGAUGCCAGCUCUGUGGUUGCAACCAAGAAGGCUCUUUGAAUGGAGAAUUGCAAUGUGAUUCAAAUAACGGUCAAUGUUUGUGCAAGGAAGGAGUCGGCGGUAGAAGAUGUGAGAAAUGUCUUCCUGGCUAUUUCGGAUUCCCGGAAUGCAAAAAGUGUUCUUGUAAUGUAGCUGGAACUGUUGCCGAAAUAUGUGACCCCGUAUCAUCUGAAUGUAAAUGUAAAAAGGGAGUGACGGGCGUGAAUUGUGAUGCAUGCAAAGAAGGAACCUUUGAUCUUCAACCCAGUCAUCCAAGUGGAUGCUCCGAUUGUUUCUGUUUUGGAGUUACAGACAAAUGCCAGUCAUUGUUUUACCCCGUGGAAACUGUGUUCAUCCCCACUGAUGGAUGGAGUUCCAAUGAUACGAAUGGAGUUGUUACAUCGUCCGAGAAUGAAGUCAUCUAUGAAGCAGGUGCGGAAUCAAACAGCAGAAAUGUCUACCUGGAACCUCGCUUGACUAAGUCAGACUUUACCGCUUCUUAUGGACUUCAUAUGUCAUUCAAGAUUUCUUCAAUUCCUCCAGAUUCUGAGAAGAAGAAACUUACUUCAGAAGCAGAUGUUCGACUGAUCUCUGGCUCUACAAUAUUGGAACUGUGGGCUAGAGAACAACCAAAAGAUCCGUCUGUUAUGUUCGAGGUUGUAGUCACCUUCUCACCUGACUUCUGGCUGUUAUCGACUGGAGAACCAGUGAAUCGACAGACUCUGAUGAUGGUGCUCUUCAAACUGGACAAGAUCCAGUUCAAGGCGUCGUACUACGAAUACCCGAAGAAGGCUGUGUUUACCGAAGCUGAGAUCGCGCAAGUCGUGCAACGCCAACAGAACUCCUACGACAUUGUGGCGACCUCCGUGGAGAAAUGUUCUUGUCCUGUAGGUUACGCUGGAUUCUCGUGUCAGACUUGUGCCACUGGAUAUUAUCGUCUCAAGACAGACGAUGACAGUUUUCUGGGUUCCUGCGUCCCUUGCAAUUGCCAUGGUCAUGCAGGAAGUUGUGAUCCGGUCACUGGGGUGUGCAUUGACUGUCAACAUAACACAGAGGGCUCUCACUGUGAGCGGUGUAUUGAAGGGUACAAUGGAAAUGCCACAAACAUGUCCCCCAACGCAUGCUUAGCUUGUCCCUGUCCCCGUCCAUCAGCCACUGGAAACUUUGGAAAGUCCUGUAUUAUUGGGGAUAAGGGAGAUCUCGAAAAAUGUGAAUGCCGGGAAGGAUUCACCGGGAGAUUCUGUGAGCAAUGCGCCGUCGGGUUCUUUGGACAGCCAACAAAUGAAGUGGCCUGCCAAAAAUGUUACUGUAAUGAAAACAACGACCUUUCACUCCCAGACUCUUGUAAUCCCGAGACUGGCGAAUGCAGCAACUGUGAACAUAACACCGAUGGACGCUAUUGCGAUUCCUGUGAGCCUUGGUACUUUGGAGAUGCGUUAACCAAGACCUGUCAAAGUGAGUCGACCAAUGUUAUCUACUUUGACUAAUUAAUUUUCAGAUUGUUCUUGCAAUCAGUGCGGAAGCGAAUUCUGUGAUAACCGAUCAGGUCAGUGCCAUUGCAAAGGUCUGGUAGAGGGUCAGAAUUGUGACAAGUGCGCUGAGAAUUCCUGGGGCUUUGAGAGUUGUAAUGGAUGCCGCCCUUGUGAUUGCGCGGCCGCAACUUCGAACAGUCAAUGUGAUCUGAAGACUGGCCAAUGCACUUGUAUGCCUGGAGCUGAUGGAAAACAGUGCGACACUUGUGCUUACGGAUACUGGGAUUACAGUCCUCAAGGAUGUAAAAGUAAGGAAUGACUACUUUUUUCAGCGUUUUCCUUUCGAUAAUAAAUAAACAAAAUUUUGCAGAAUGUGACUGCGAGGCGGAUUUAUCUAUGGGGACUGUUUGUAAUGUGAAGACAGGACAAUGUCAAUGUCAAGAAGGAGCAACUGGACCCAGAUGUGACACUUGUCUUCCUGGAUAUCUUCGCAUUCCAGAGCAUGGCUGUCGUCAAUGCAGUGAAUGUGCUCUGGCCUUGAAUAGUGAACUUGAUGAUGACUUCCUCUCCCUUUCUGCCAUCCAGAACACCUUGGGGAACCUUUCAAGCGUCGCUUUGAACGGUGCGCGUUUGAACAGGAUCAAUAAGGAAGUCAACAAACUAAAUGUAAGAGUUAUACUAGAAUGUAACUAUUUUCCUUUAGCCUUUGGUGAACUUUGUCAGCGAAUUGUCGGCUGGGGAAAUUGUCAAGAAAUUGAAAGACGAGGCUUAUAAUCAAACCAAUCAAGCCAACGCAUUGACUGUCAGAUCGGACAGAAUCAAGAAGAAUCUUGUGGAGAGCCAAGAAAAGAUUCAGAAAUUACUUGACGAUCUAAAAGUAGCCAGAAGAGAAGCUAACGAUCUUAUUGGAACUGCGAGUUUGGUAUUAGAAAAGGCAAAAGGAAUUCGCAUGGAGCUCGAAUCAGCUACUCCCAUCGAAAACGAAGAUGUUUUGGUCAAGGAGGCGGAGUUACUUCUUCAUCAAGUCAAGGAGAUCAACAAAAAGUAAGUGAAUUCAAAUCACACAAGUUAAUUCUUUUGUAGAAUCGAGGCUCACAAUGUUGAUGAACUCAGAAAGAAAUUGGAAAUUGAACCAGAAGUCGUAUCAUUGAUUAAAGAAAAGGACAAUCAGCGAAGAGAUAUGGUUGUGAACCUCCAAAAUAAGAUUAUAAGCCUCAACAAUGCCAGUGGAGAAUAUGGAAGGACCAUUGACGAAGCCAAGGAAGUGGUUGCAAAUGCAAGAAAGACUAUCGGAAACUUGAAUUUGAAUAGUUUCUCCACUCUCCUCGCCGGGGUUGAAAAGGAUAUCAAAAAGAAAAAAGAGAACGAAGGAAGCCUGGUCACCAAGAAGAAUGAAAUUCAAAGUUCUUUGGAAAACUUGACAAGUCUUGCCCAAGAACUCGACGAAUUGAGAAAGCAGCUGGUCGAGGAGAAAGAGGCCUUGCUAAAUAAGAACGAAAAGAACAAAAGACUUCGAAGGAACGUCGAAAAUGAGAAACUGGUUCAACAUGCAAAGCAGAAGGCCCAAGAAUUACAAGUGAAGGAAAAGGCAUUGUCAACCAUAUACCGAAGUGCGACUGGGGACGUUACUAAAGAUAUUGAAGCUGCUACCAUUUACAAAAAGAUCACGGACCUUAUGAUAAAUGCCAAGAAUAGCUCCGAUUCGGCUGUUUUGAAUGCCAAAACUACCGAAAACGUGGUGAACAACCUAAGUGAGGAAGCUAAGUCCAAGUUGAAAACAGCCAAGGAACUUGAGGAAAAGGUGAGAAGAUCACAGAAUGAAUACGCAAAACAUCAACCAAGAAUACAAGAAAGCAUCAGGAAGAUCGAAGAACAAGGAAAUCAGCUCGAGAAAAUCGGAGAAAUCGUCGCAAAGAUUCAAACUCCAAAUUCGGUGUCAGAAGACCUCGAGAAAUUAAAUGAGAAGAUCGAAAGGUCGAAGGAGCACAUAAAUCAACAGAAAAAGGCUACUGAGGAACUGCUGGAGAGAGUCCGGAAGACCAGUGAAAGUGUGGAUGACACCGCAAAACUGUUCACUGGGCUUGCUCAAGCCACGGCUUCAGCUAAGAAUAACCUCCAGGCGAUUAAUGAAGCCAUUCCGUCAACUUAUGACAGCUUAAAAGACGUCAAGAAGAAGGUGGAGAAGGCCACAAAAGGGGUUGACGAACUUAAGAACAAGUUAAACAUGCUCAAGGAAAAGGUUGCCGUUAUCCGAGGAAAGGUGAACCAAGUCACCGUUGGAGUUAAAUUCGAUCAAGGAAGUCUUCUAGAGUUGCCAUUGCCGGAAUCUGGUGCCGAAUUGAGUCUGUUGACCAAUGUGAAAACGUUCUUCAGAACUCGAAGGGACACCGGACUCCUCUUUUAUCUUGGAAACGAAGAUUCUGGAAGAUCCACGGAUUUCUUUGCUGUUGAGAUUGACCAACGGAAACCGAAGUUGAUUGGAAGCCUUGGCCGAGAUGUUAUUGAAGUUGUGUUAGAUGAGAUUGUCACGGAUGACCAAUGGAGACAGAUCGUAUUGGAUCGAAAGGGGAAGAACGUUGAGUUUAAGAUUUCUAUCCCCAACAAUGACACCGUCUCUUCUUCCAAGAAUGUUACUCUUCCUGGCAACAAGAAUGUCUUCAAUCUUUAUGAUGACACUCGGCAUCUAUUUGUGGGUGGAUCCGGUAAUGUGAAGUUACCCAAACAAAUCAAGGCAACCAAUUUUGAUGGAGCUGUUGAAGGUUUCCAAUUGAAUGGUGAAAAUCUUGGUCUUUGGAAUGGUGAGAAGAUCGAGAGAAUCAGAGGAGCCAUCCCCAGAAAGACCGUUAGAGAAGAGGGAAAAGAUUUAGGGAUCACUUAUAAUGGCAAGGGAUACUCGAAGGUGAAUGUGGGAACCUGGAAUCCGAGAAAGAGGACUUCUCUUCUGGUCAAGUUUAUGACGCAUUCCUCAGAUGGGCUGCUUUUCUUCAUUGGGAAAGGAGUAAGUGACAGAAACAACUUUGAUAUUGUUUAAUUUGCAGUCGUAUAAUUACAAAUUUAUUUUUAGAAUGAUCAAAUGGCUAUUAAACUGGAGGAAGGCUUCGUUAAACUCGCCUUUGAUCUCGGCUCUGGCCUUGGACAGCUUGUCUCGAACAAGAAUACCUACAGUGAUGGUCAAUGGCAUCUGAUUCAUCUCCGCCGGGAUGGUCGCCAAGCAAAGCUGACUGUCGAUAAUGAUGAUAUGGCAGAGGGAGAGUCCCCCGGAGUGAUGUUUGAGAUGAGUGUACCCGAAUAUUUUUAUCUGGGAGGGCUUCCUCAGGGUGUAACUACCAGAUUUGUUGUCACUCCUUACCGCGGAUGUCUGAAGAACCUUCGCUUGGAUACCGAAUACAUCAAUCUCCGCGCUCUGGAUGGAAAGGGAUUGGCCCCGUCAUGUCCUAGUCAAGAAGUCAGAAUGGCUUCUUUUGUAUCUGACCGAUCCUUUGUAAAGAUUGAUCAGAUUGAUCUCGACAAAAACCUGGAGAUCUCUCUCAGAUUUAAAACCCGAGAGUCCUCUGGCCAGAUCGCGACUUUCACAAUUAACGAUGAGAAUGCUUUGGGUCUGAGGUUAAGAGAUGAUCAUCUGGAGAUCAGUGUGAAUGGAGAAAAGAUUGAGAGCUCCUUCUCGUUCACAUCUCCCUUUGCCAACAGAUGGCAUUACAUAUACAUUGUACAGACCGAUGGAAAGUUAAAGUUGUUGUUAGAUGAUACAGUAUCCGGUGAAAUUGAUUCGGAUCUGAGUGAAUUACUGCCCAGUCAGAAUACAGCGAUGUAUCUGGGAAGAUAUAACGAUGAAAGCCCCAUCAUUGGUUGCAUUGGAGACGUCUUGGUCAAUAAUAAAAACCUCAAAUUCUCUUACGUAAGUUUGUUUAUUUUAGUAAUCAUUAACCUUACUUUUAGUCGGAUGGUAAAGAAGUCCAGCUUGCGCGAUGUUUGGCAGAUGGUGAUUCAAAUAGUUUGGAGGUAGCCCCAACAGCCGACAUUCCUGCUGAACCUAAACCAAAGGAAGAAGAGCAGUCAGAAGAGGAAGAAGAGAAAGAAGAAGCGCCCAAAGAAAAAGAAAAGUCGAAUCCCCGACCUCCAGGAUCGUGUGCUUUGCCUUUGGAACCCCAUGGAGAAAGAGAGGACAUCAGAGGAACCAGAUUCGGAUUCCAUCCUCAAUCCAGAAUCGAAUUCAAGAAGCUUCCGGAUUCUCAUCAAAGGAAUCUUCAGAUUGGAGUGGCUUUGCGAGCCAAUGCUGCCAAUGGAGUUAUUCUUUUUGCCACUAACGAGAAACACACGGAUCACGUGGCACUUUACCUCCUGGAUGGGAAAGUUUGCCUAUCCUACGGGGCAGCCAAUGCCAGAGUAAGUCGUGUUUCUUUUGCAUAACCAUUUCAUACAACACUUAACUUAUUCCUUUUCAGUUGAUCAUUCAAAGUGCUGAUAGUAUUUUGGACGACGAAUGGCACACCGUCAGAGCCGAGAAGGAGGGAUCAGCUGCAGUUUUAUUUGUGGAUGAUGAGCAAGUGGCCCAUGAUCAAGUUGAGAAUGCCGAAAUUAUUAACAUUGAAGUUCCCUUGUACGUUGGAGGAGCUCCAAAGAAUCUCCAAAGUUUUAUUGGCCGUCUUUUGCCUGGAGUGAAACCAGAGUUUGGAGGAUGUCUUCGGGAUCUUAAGAUUAAUGAUCAAGAAUAUCCGGAUGAAGAAGGGGAAAGUCAUGGAGUUGUUCCUUGUUCUCGACUAUCCGAAGACGGAAUUUUCUUCGGAAGGGAUGGGGGCUAUGCCAUGCUCCCUGAAUUUGUGGCCAACAAGCAAUUCAACUUUGAGAUGGAGAUCAAACCAAGACUCAAGACUUCCGUCCUUUUGUCAGUUGGAGUCAUCGACUUUGUAACGAUUCAAUUGGUUAACGGCAGUGUCAAAUUGACGGUUGAUGAUGGCGCUGGACCGAUGAACGUCAUUUAUAGCCCGCCUCAGGGCAGUUCGAUUUGCGAUGGCAAUUGGCAUAAGAUAAAAGUGUUGAGGAAGAAAAGCAUCGUUACUCUGAAUGUGGAUGGCAAGUCGAAUCUGCUGAUCAUCAAGAAGAAACCACUUGUGGAAUCCACGUUGAAAGAUCCCAUCUACUUUGGAGGAGUGCCUAAGGACAGAAGACUCAAGGGAUUGGACACCGUCGGUAAGUCCAAACAGCACUCUUAAAGUGGAGGAGGGUAAUAUAAGUACUGUUUCCUUAUUUCCAGAAUCAUAUGUUGGAUGUAUGAGAAUCGUCGAAGUCACAUCAAACCCUAAAAGAAAGCGUCGCGAACUUGAUCUGAGUGGAAUGGUCUUAUUCGGAAAUCUGGAUAGAAACAGUUGUCCCUUGAAUUAA